AGACGCGGAGCCUUUUGGGGAAUGAAGUCUUUUACAAAAAAUUUGCCGCUCAGCUGGAUCCUGGCCCUCGCAUUUUGGCAGACAAGAGGCUUUCUCAGAGACAAGAACCUAGAUGCGAAGCCCGAGUUUGAGGGUGUGACCUUCGGAUGCGCGGCGAGCCCUUGAGGAUCUCAGACUGGAAAGUGUACUGCAAACUCUCGAAAUCCUCGCGCGCUUCGCGUGCGGCCAUAGCCUGCCUGGGGUGGGCCCAAUAUUCCUGACCCUAGCUUACGAACCCUGGGACAAGGCGGAGCCAGGAUAUGGGGGCGUCUUGAGGCCCAGCUACCGGACUUGGGGGUACACUGAGGAACGGUGUUGAGGAGGGUGUCUACGGUUCAGAGGUCAGAGGUCAGUGCAGCGAGCGAUGUGAGGGGUCGAAAGUCAGGGGGGUGCCAAGGGGAGACCAAGACAGGGACCGAGCACUCAGGAGACAGAUCUGUGAGUAAGGCGCUUGGAGGUGGGAGAAGCCGGGAGGGCAAGAGGGCGGCCGGAGUGCGCGGGCGAGAAGAGACGGGGGAAAGGAAUUCCCUGAAUAUCCAUUCCCUGAGUUCAGGCCGUCGCUGUCGUUCACCUCGCCCGGCCUUCAUCAGUUGCAAGCGCAGCUCGGUGAGGAGAUGGCUUCUCCCUCUAGACAGCCGCCCCUCGGGGGAUCAGGGCUGCUUCAGGGGAGCCGGGCUCGUUCUUAUGGAAGCCUGGUGCAAUCAGCCUGCUCCCCUGUGAGGGAAAGACGCCUGGAACAUCAGCUGAAGCCUGGAGACACCCUGGCUGGGCUAGCGCUCAAAUACGGAGUGACGAUGGAACAGAUUAAGCGUGCAAACCGCCUUUAUACUAAUGACUCCAUCUUCCUGAAGAAAACCCUCUACAUCCCCAUCCUGACAGAGCCCAGAGACCUGUUCAAUGGUUUGGAUUCUGAAGAAGAGAAAGAUGGAGAGGAAGAGAUGCACCCACGUAAGGAUGAAGCACGGCCACACUCAGCUGAGAGGGGCAAACAAGAGAUGGGUUCAGAACGUGCCAAAGGUGACAGCGUCCCUCCCACACCUGACCAGGACCCCCCCGGGCCCACCCAUGACCUCUCUGCCUCAGAUUUCCUUAAGAAGCUUGACUCACAGAUCAGCCUGUCAAAGAAGGUCGCCGCACAGAAGCUGAGCAAAGGAGAAAGUGGGGUACCCAGGGAGGACACAUGUCUCCACCUGAGCUCCCCUCGGACCCAGCAACGAGCAGUCCUAGGUCCUGUACCGCUGACUCGGACCUCUCGAACACGGACACUACGGGACCAGGAGGAUGAAAUCUUCAAACUCUGAUGCCCCCUGAAUUGACUGAGAGAAGCAGAAUUUGGAAGGAGCAACUUGAGGGAGAGAGGAGCCUGAGGUGAGGCUCAAGAACAUGGCUUCCAGCCUGCCUCCCUCUACUCCAGCCGUCUCCCCCAGCCUCCUGUCCAUCACAAACUAGAGUGCAUUUGUGGGGGGCAAAAGUAGGAGAUGAGAACCAGACCCCUUCCCAGUUGUUAGCUGAAUCUGGAGUCCUUCAGAUUCAGAUGGCUUUUUUUUACAUCCCUGCUGCCUUUCUUAUCUUUUUCACCAUUUUCUGUCCUUAGAGCAGGGAAACAGAGACUCCCCUUGAACUUCCCAGCUCCAGCUAUGUUACCUAAUUUAUUUGGUGCUAUACUGAGUAAUAUUUAUUUGCUAUGUCUAACUACUUCCUACUUAUAGCUGAAAAUGGGAUUUCCGUAACCUGGAAUGCUGAGCCAGUGGCUGCUGGUUUGUCACCUUCCCCAGCUCCUUUCUGAGCAUGUUACUGAGGACAGGGAAUCGAGAUCUGGUGUCACGCCGAGGAUGGCAAGGUCAAGGAUUUGGGCUCAGUCUUGACUAACCAUUUAUCUAUAACUUUUCCACAACUCUUGCUCUGAGAAAGAACAGCAAAGUAGGAACCCAACCUUUCCAUUCCACCAAUUCACCUUCUAACCCGUCCUCUGCUCUGCCUGCAGUGGGGCUGAGGGGUGCAAGGAGAUUCCUUUGGGGCUCAAAGAGGAGGUGGCUUGGGAGUCUCCUAGUUGCACACCCUCCCCACCAGAGCCUGUCUAUGCCUUGCUCCUCACUGUAUGUUUAUUUGCAAUUUAUAGCACUGAUCUGCAGUACAGUUUGUUGUUUCUCAAACAGAGAAGUAGGCAAGGGAUCCUCAAUGUACUGGAAAUAUGCCUCGGUCUCCUGUGUGGAAGUGGUGACAGGUGAGAUAAGUGGUGUCUAUAUACCUCCUUUCCUCUGUGAUGACCCUAAGGUGUAGAAGCUGGAGAGAUUAAACACUGAGCCUGUGCA